UACAGAAUCUUACCAGCAUGAGCUUUAUAAGAUUGUAUUAUGACAUACACUGUAAGAGACAGGCUACACAAUAUUGAAAUAUAUAAUUUACAAGCUGGUAUUCAACAACUUUCACUGUUACAGAACAAUUUUUACACAUCGCACGCAUCACAUUUCACUCCUCUCCAUCUCCCUCUGACAGAUACAGUCACUUUUCUUGCUUGGUAACCUGAUCCAGCUGUUUUUUCCCAGAGGGCUGCUGUAACCGUAGUAACAGCCUGUAUAAUUCAUCAGCCCGCAGUGGUGAAAACAUGGAGCAGGAUUGUAUCGCCGGUCUGUACCAGUCCCUGGGUAAGUCCGCUGGAGCAGAGUUCUCCUCUGAGGACGUGAGUCUCCUCUGCAGCAAAGUGUUUCACGUUCCCUUCGACACUGAUGAGGCACACGCAGCCAUGAGGAAGGUAACGCAGACGUACAGUAUUUGGAACAGCUCACGAUCAAGGCUACUAUCGUUUGAUCAAAACCACAUCAUGUUUCAGAUCGCAGGAGAUGAAAGAAGCUGGUCCUGUGUCGGUGAAAGUGUGUUGGAUGUUCUCUUAGAAAUGGAGAGAGAGAGGGACAAGAAGGAAAAGCUCUACUGGGACCUCCAGCUGCUCAAUGGAAAUCUCAAACCUCUCCAUGCGAUGGACGAGUCAGUCUUCAUCGUGCACCAAAGCUCAGAACCGAAUCCUCUGAAAACAGCUCAUGACCAAUCAGAUUCAGGACCUGUACAGUUGCACACCUCUGACACAGGCGGUUUACAGAGACUGAUGGAGAAUAAAGAGCUGGACGGAAGCUUGAGGGCAGCGAAGAGGCUAAAGAAACCAGCCAGGCAGUGCUGGGCCAGAUUGGCGUCAGAGGGCGUGCAAUGUAUGUUAUUGCCCUCUCCAUGGCAGGCCCGAAACCCAGAGGUUAGAGGUCAGGCCUGGGGCUGUGUCACCCUGUCAGACGUCCUCCUGCUGGUGGAGGUGAAGUACGAUGUGGUGACCCACUUGCUCUUUACAGAAAUGCUCCAGGAGCACUACACUCCCAGUAUCUGGGAGACCAUGCUGCCAUGGCAACAACAGGAGGAAGAACAGGAACUGGAGGAUCGAGCUAAGGAAGCUCUGGAGUUGAGUGACAUGCUCUGUCUGGCUGAGCUGCCUGGAGCAUUCAGGAUAUACAGGGCCGGCCUGGGAGUGUCUCCUACAGGUCGUCCUGAGUCCAGAGAACAGUCCUGGACUGCUGUCACACUCCUGUUCGAGUUGGACACAUUUCGUCAGGAAGAAAGGGAUGCACUGACAGUCCUGGGCGAGAGGCUCGACAGGGAGAGCCUUACACUGCUGUGUCUAUACAUCAGGUUGGCAACUCUCAGAGCUCAGAGACAGAAAAUGUCCUACGGCGCUCUUCUGGCAGCUCGGCAGUCCUGGGAGACUUGGCCAAAUGUGAAGAGUCCGUGUGGAGCAGAUCAGGCAGCCCUGUGGCUAUGUGGUGAAGAGGGAGAGCAAAAGACAGACUCUAUCUCAGUGUCACCACAGCAGGCAGUGCUGCAGUUGUUGGUGCUGACUCAGGAGCAGGAGAGGAAGCACCUGAUAAAGCUGGUACACGGGGUCUCCCUGGAGGAUGUGCAAAAACCAGGCUGCGGCGUGCCUCCAAAAGAGGACAGUCACAAGCAAGCCGCCUUAAAAAACGGUUGUGUGAAAAGGCUGCGACAAAUUCAUGCCGACCUGCGCACACACAAUGAGACCGAGACCCCCUUAAAGCUAACAAACCCUCAGCCUCAACACCAGGCCAACAUGUGGUCCCAACAACAGCUGGAGGAUUGUUCCCUGCUCCUCUUGACCCAUUUGAUGGAGUUCCAGGAAGUCCAAGCCUCUGCAGUACUGCCAGCGCUGAUGGACAAAAGUGCACAGCGUGUCCAAGCUCUGCGCGAGGAGUUUGAAUCUCAACUUCAAGCACAGCGCUACACCAACUCACUCCAACUCCUGAUCUCUGAUGCCUGUCCUUCUCCAAACUUCACUGAAAAUAGCAGCAAUGAGCAAAUCGCAACGCAGUCCAGCGUCAGCGGAGCAGUCGACGCCCCGGGAAGCAGCGACAGGCCAGCUGAAGCUCUGACGGUCGAUUCAGUCAGCGGUGACAGUCAAGAGCUGGAUGGAGUUCAGGCUGACAGACAGGACGUCUGUACAGGUUGUGGAGCGACCAUAGAGGACCUGCCCUAUUUGGAGAUCGUGUGUGUAUCAGAUGCAACAAGCCAUUCUCACCAGAGUCCCGCAGCAGCGGGAGAAGCACAGGUAGAAGAGGAGGGCAGCGCAGCAAAGAUCCCCCAGAGCUUUGAGAAACAGGACUCACUGAUCACCCUCGCUUGGAGCAAACCGCCAGAGGAUGACGCGGACAGCGAGGAACAGAGCCAGGGCGGUGAGGGCUGUAUGCAGACAGAGGUCCAGCCAACUGAGGAUACUUUUGGAGACAGAGAAGAUCUGAGACCCACUCUGAUGUGGUCUGACUCCACAGGUCAUUCUGACCCACAGGCUGCGGACCAGCAGUGUAGCACAUUGACACUGGAGGGGAGAGCAGUAGAUGAAGAAACAGAGAAGGGAGAAGCAACACAUGCUUUGGUAGUGGAGACUGAGCAGCUCCACCUCUCGGCCGACCGUCCUGAGAUUAACUGGCACGACGGUGACCUCUGCGAUGAGACAGAGGGAGAGGGAGACGAGGUUGAGGCGGAAAUGUGUUCCUCUUCAAUAGAGUCACUCACUCAAGCUGAGGACCAGAAAUAUGCAGCUGACUGUAGCCCUGCCGAGAGAGAAGCCAUACUGAUGGAGCGAGAGCGAGCCAGAGAACCGGUCUCGGCAAUGGAGAGAGAAAGGACAAUGCGCAACCUGGUGGACAUGCAAAGAAAGGUGGAACAGAGGCAGCAGAGAGAUAGAAAGAGACAGCUACUGAGGGUUCAGGAACGCCUGUCAAUCAUUCAGAACAAAAAGGCAGAGGAAGACCUUCUCGGCCUAAAACACACAGACAGGCUCAGACACCUCACGCAAGAUCUGCCACAGGAGGAUAAGAACCAGCAGAAGACGGUCGUCAAAGAGCGACUCGAGCAGCUGAGAAGAGAGCGCUCCUAUGUCAUGCAGUCCAAACGAGACCGGAAUACUGCAGGAUUUAAGGAGCUCCUGGGUCCAGUAGCUCUCAACAGCAGAGAGACAGAUGAAGGAGCAGACUGAGCAUGUGCUUAAAUUCAUGUCUUGCUAAAAAAAAAAAAAAGGGAUUGUUAGUGAGUCCCCUAUGGUUCAUAAAGAUUGUCAACAGUAGAAGUACCACAAAAAUGUUUGGUUUACUAAUAAUCCAUUAAGUUUACAGAUAUUCUGUGCAAGUGAAAUGUUGCAGGUUUUGUAUCCGUAAUGCUUUUUUGCUUUUUUGUUUGUUGUCACAAUAACCACAUAUAAAAAAAAACCUUCUGAAUGCAGGUUGUGUAUUUGAAAUAAAACAUCUCAAACCUGUGGUGACUGUGUAUUAUACAGUUUAAUUAUCAUCUCGACAAACAUAAGCAUAAACAGUAACGUCAUUUAUCAAUGACCCCCCCUUCGGUUGUGUACACAUUAUCCCCCCUGUGCCCAAAAUUACACACACAAUGAGUCACAGAGGUGCAUGUUAAGUCUACAGAGGUUCCAUUAACUCCCCUUCAUGUUAACGCAACAAUUAUAUUGGCACUGCUGGCCAUUACUCACUUAUGUAAGAAAUAAUGAUGAGACGAAGGACACUGCUGUAGACAGAAUGCACCUAUGGACUGGGGCUGUAUUUAUUUACAGGUCUAUGGGAAUGGAAUUAUUUUAACAUGUCAAAGGAUUUGGCUAACAACUCUACGAUGGGGAGAUAUGUAUAAUACAGAGGGUUGGUGUGGGCCCAGUGGUUUUCCUGCAAGAGAGGAUGAUCUCUCCCCUGGCGAGAAAAAAAGGAAAAUGUCUACGUGGGAGAGA